AAAUUUCAUUGUCAUUGUCAAUUUGAUUACAAACAAUUUACGAGAUUCAAAAUAUGCAAAUCUAAAACUACAAUGGCUCAUAGAACUGAACAAGAUGUGAAAUCCCAGUCGCGGUUAGAAAAAAUCCAAUCCUUCGUGAUAAUAUUUAUAAUUGUGCCUACAUAUUACUUGAUAGGGAUGGUCCUUGGCUUGCCCAAGCUGCUAAAACUAUCCUUCAUAAGUCGCUGCACCUAUUACCUCCACAGCAUCUUCGGAACGUAUUGUUUCAUCAAUGUUGCGGGUAACUUGAUCCUCAGCUUCCUCACCGAUUCCCGUUUAAAAGAUUACCACGGACCAGGUACCUACUGCCAAUACUGUAAACAGAACAGACCAGCGGAAGCAUGGCAUUGUAAAGUGUGCAAUGCUUGCAUUAUUAGGAGAGACCACCAUUGCUGCUUAUUGGCACACUGCAUUGGACGCAAAAAUAUACGUUACUUCAUCUGCAUGCUUGGACACUUAGCGAUCUCUAUGGUUUAUUGCAUGUACUAUAAUUUCUUAGUUAUAUAUUCAGAAUUUGAUGUUACCUCUUUUAUGCAAACUGUGCUUAUAAUUCUUAAACCCUAUUUGAUAAUCAACGUGCCUAAUCCGCCGGAUUUUGAAGGCAUCUUAUUUGUAUUAGUUUGGUUGGUUGAUUUAUUAUGUUUACCUUCAUCGAUGUAUUUUUGUUUUGUUCACAUGAGGAAUGUUGUGCUUGGAGUAACUGCUAAUCAAUAUUUAAAAGGGAAGGCUCCAAGCAAGGCUCGUUUGACGAGUAAAUUGGAGUACGUUUUUGGUACAAGAUGGUAUUUAGCUAUGAUUUGGCCUUUCGUGGAGAGUCCUCUGCCCGAUAAAUAUAGGAUACAGAUAGAUUAGAAAUAUUUUAUGCUUAUAUAAAGUAAAUAUAUUAUAAUUACGAAUGUGUUGUUUUCGUACCACCUAAUACAAUUGAGUCAAGUCCUUAAAUUAUUCCUUAGACAAAUUAAAUCGUUUUUGUGUUAUAUAAUGAUAAUAAAUUGGUUUCAGAUUUUAUAAAGCUUUUUUGAAGAAAAAUAAUUUGUAGAGCUGACUGAAUAACAUUCACAUGUGUAAUAUUCAUACUUCAAUGUUGACAAAAUUUUCUGCAAGUUUCCCUUCCUAGGUACGGUCAAGGAAUUUAAUUUCCUACCCAUUUCGUACCUUGUCACAAUGACAAACAACAUGAAACUCGCUAGGGACCUCAUACUAUUGUCACUGUGACAAGGUACGAAAUGGGUAGGAAAUUAAAUUCUUUGACUGUAGUAAAAUAACAGUUCGAAUAGCCAAUUCACGACCAUCAUGCUUGUGUCAAUUUAGUACUAACAUUAUAGAAAUUGAAGAAGCUGAAC